GAGUGAACGAGAGCAACAGAGGGGGAGAAAAAGAGGAGAAAAUGGAGAAAACCCCUUGGCCUGAAAUGGGCCAGGAAUGGGGUACAAGGUGGUCUGUAAGUGGGGGAGAAGCAGCAGAUCCUCACAUGGUGAAGCACACACUCCCGUGUCCCAUUCCCUCUCUCACUGACAAAGCAGGAAGAAAAUAACUGGGGCAGCAGCAGCAGAUAUGCCUCUCCUGUACCAAACCAGCCCUCCCAGCUGGAGCGUGUGCUCUGCUCUCUGUUUCCUCAUCGUGUUGCUUCCAGAGGCCAAAGCCGACAUCCUGAACACAACCACUCAGCGAAAUGGUGGGGGAACACAGUGUGGGGAAUACUCUAACCAGGUGAUGGAUGAUGGAAUGUGUCGACUUGUGGCCACGCUGCCGCAGCUGGACGAGCAGAAGUGCCCAGACAUGUUUCGCUGCACGGAUGAAGUUUCCUACUGGCUGAGCGAGAACGAGGAGAGGAAACAGCAGAUUGUGACGCUGAAGGAGACCAUUUCUGAGCUGCAGGAGGAGCUGAGGAACCAUCGGCAUCGCAUCAAAGUCCUGGAGCUGCAGAGUGAAGAGAGGAGCCAUUUGAAUAUAUCCUUGGAGCAGCGUUUUCAUGAGCUGGAGAUUCACUAUGUUGAAGCGACCACCCUCCUGCAUCUACAGGGUACCGUGAUCCUAGACCUCCAGCACCAGCUUCAAAAUCUGACACUUUUAGUGGAUAGAGUGAAAAGAAGCCCAGGUUGCAUGAUCAACAUCGUCAGACCCAACUCACUGAUGAAUACUCAAGAAGCCCUGCACCCAGAGCUCCAGCAUGUGAGGAACUGUCCCAUAGACUGUGCUUCCAUCUAUUACAAUGGGGUGAGGAGGUCAGGUCGUUACACAGUGGUGCCAUCACUUGCCGGCAUGCCUGUGGAGGUCUACUGUGAUAUGGACACAGAGGGUGGUGGCUGGACUGUGAUACAGCGACGCCUCGAUGGCUCGGUAAGCUUUGACCGCAAUUGGAGAGACUACAGGGAUGGCUUUGGUGACCUGCACUCAGAGUUCUGGCUGGGCAAUGAUCACAUACAUGACCUGAGCACCCAGGCAGACUACAGCCUCCGUAUUGACCUGGAGGACUGGACCAACAAGCACAAACAUGCAAUCUACCAGAGCUUCAGUGUGGAGGAUGAGGAGCAUCAGUACCGUCUCCAUGUGUCAGGCUUCAGUGGGACAGCCCAGGACUCUUUCAGCUGGUACCACGACAAGCAGGGCUUCAGUACACCCGACAGUGGAAACAUCUGUGCUGAGAUCUCCCACGGCGGCUGGUGGUACAACCAGUGCUUCUACGCCAACCUCAACGGCGUCUACUACAGAGGUGGCCAUUACACCCCGAGGAACCGGGGGCCGCUGGGUCCUGAUGGGAUCGUUUGGUACUCCUGGAAAGACUCAGACUAUUACUCUCUGCGCAAAGUCAGCAUGAUGAUCCGGCCACGCAGCUUCAGGAGCCGUUUGUCCCCUUGACACACUUUCAGCAUGACAAAACUGAGGACACAAGAACAACACCGGAAACAGGAAUCACAUGACCAUCUCACUGGGACAGUGCGGUGAUGAUGACACUCUGUUGUGAUCCACUUAAAAACAGAAGCAGUGCAGAAGCACUGUUGGCCUGAGCAGUAUUUUCUUAACAGCAAUAACUCUACCUGCAAUUAUGGAUGACAUACUUGAUAUUUUCAACAGCUCUGACUUUUUGCUGCAUUUUUUUGAAAACAAACACUUUAUACUGUAGAUUUAUUUUGGAGUCUUGUUUAUUUUCUACUACUAUUUUGUACCUUUAGUUUGAAAUAUGACACUUGAUGCACUAUUAGAAACCUGCGAAGCCCCUGAAGUCCCACAAAGCUGGUCAUUUUUGUCUUGUGUGCACAAGAAAAUUAUCCUGUUUGAAUGAUAUAACAACAUGUGAGCAUGAGAUAAAAAAUGUUCCUUGUGGGACUUCAAGGGCUCUGUAGGAACCCAGCCAAAGGAGAGUAAGUUUGUGUGGUGUGUUAAUGAACGAUUCAGUUUAUCUGGCAGGUUAUGGUUUUUACUGCCUAUUUAUUUUAUGCAAUA